UGUGUUAAAGUGACGCGGGGGCGCGGCGCUGUAGCAUUAAAUAUUCACUCACUGCUAGUUUUCUAAUAAUCAUACAUAGCCGAGUACUGCCUGAUUAUGGAGAAUUACUACCAUCAACGUCACGACUCUUGCGGCAAGUCGGGCAGGGAGAACAAGUUCCAGAGAAAGAAGGUUUUUACUGCAGCAGCCGCUGGAACAUUCUCGGGCAGCGACGAAGGAGAUAAUAAAAAACUCAAAUUUUUGGACAGAUUUGCUAGUAUCCGGAUUCCUGGCACCAAGAAGGAUCGACCAUAUCUUCCCAAUGUCAAGAACUCCUGGUCCAGUGAUUGGUCUGCAGCCUCUGAACUGGAGGACCUAUCCUGUAAAAUCACAUCAGAAAAGGAGAUACUGGCCUUAUUUGAAAAAAUGAUGGAGGAUAUGAACUUAAAUGAGGACAAAAAAGCUCCACUCAGAGAAAAGGACCUCAACAUGAAGAAAGAGAUGGUCAUUCAAUAUAUAAUCACAGCAUCUAAACCUGGCAGCCUGAAGAGCAGCCAUCAGAUCUCCCUGCAGGAGUUCCUCUGCGAGCUCAAGACCGGAGCUGUCGAUGAGAGGCUCUUCGCUUGUCUGGAGUCCCUUCGGGUUUCGCUGACCAGCAACCCGGUCAGCUGGGUGCAGAGUUUUGGCCAUGAAGGCCUGGGAUUACUUCUGGACACUUUGGAGAAGCUACUGUACAGGAGACAUCAAGAGAAGAUUGACAGAAAAAGUCAGCAUAAGGUGAUCCAGUGCCUGAAAGCCUUCAUGAACAACAAGUAUGGUUUGGAGCGGAUCCUUGGUGAGGAGAAGAGCCUUUCACUACUGGCUCAAGCCAUCGACCCAUCUCAGCCUUCAAUGAUGACCGAUGUUGUCAAGCUACUGUCAGCCAUCUGCAUCGUGGGCGAGGAAAAUACUUUGGAAAAGGUCCUUGAAGCCAUGACUACUGCUGGGGAGCAGAGGAGCAUGGAAAGGUUCAGUCCUAUUGUUGAAGGUCUCCGUGAUCGCUCUGUGCAAUUACAAGUUGCCUGUAUGCAGCUCAUCAAUGCCCUUGUUACAUCGCCUGACGAGUUGGACUUCAGGCUGCACAUCAGAAAUGAAUUUAUGCGGUGUGGUCUGAAAGAGAUAUUGCCGCAUCUGAAUGAUGUCAGAAAUGAAGCUCUGGACAUUCAGCUCAAGGUGUUUGAGGAGCACAAAGAGGAAGACAUGAUUGAGUUUUCCCAUCGGCUGGAGGACAUAAAGACCGAACUGGAUGAUAUUGGAGAUGUUUUUAACAUAGUUCACGGUAUGGUGAAGGACACAAGUUCAGAAGGUUAUUUUCUCUCCAUUCUGCAACAUCUGAUGCUCAUCAGAAAUGAUUAUUUUGUUAGGCCUCAGUACUUCAAGAUUAUAGAGGAGUGUGUCUCUCAAAUUGUGUUGCAUCGCAGUGGCACAGAUCCUGACUUCAGCUACCGCAAACGUCUCGAUGUGGACUUCACUCACCUCAUCGAUGCGUGCGUCGAUAAAUCACGGGCAGACGAAUAUGAGCAGAGGGUCUCAGAACUGACACAAAAGUUUGAUGAAGAGUACUUGUGCAGACAAGAGGCCCAAGCCCAACUGCUGAAGAAGGAUGAGAGAAUCAGUGAGCUGCAAGCUGAAUUACAGGCUUUUAGGUCACAGUUUGGAGCCAUACCUGUUGGGACCACUGCUGUCCAUUCAGUUUCGGCCUUCGCAUCGGCUCCUCCGCCACCCCCGCCCCUUCCCUCUGGUAUGGGCGGAGCUGUGCCCCCUCCGCCCCCUCCACCCCCUCCUCUCCCUGGGUGCAACCCCACCAGUUCGUCCCUCCAUCCACCCACGGUGCCUCCCCCCUUCGGCAUACCUCCUCCCCCUCCUGGGUUUGGAGGGAUGCUGUCUUCCCCACCUCACCAUUUACUGCCUUUUGGCUUGAGGGCAAAGAAAGAAUUCAAGCCUGAAGUCUCCAUGAAGCGCUUCAACUGGUCAAAGAUCCGACCACAGGAGAUGUCGGAGAACUGUUUUUGGGUGAAGGCAAACGAAGAAAAGUAUGAAAUUCCGGAUGUGCUUGCAAAGCUCGCCGAUACCUUUGGUUCCCAGAAACUAGCCAAGAAAAUGGAAGAUGAGCAGGAGGAGAAAAAAUCCAUGAAGAAGAGAAUCAAAGAACUUAAAGUCUUGGAUUCAAAGAUAGCCCAGAAUCUAUCUAUCUUUUUGGGCUCCUUCCGAAUGCCUUACGAGGAGAUCAAGAGGAUGGUGCUGGAGGUGGACGAGGAGCAGCUGACUGAGCCCCUGAUACAAAAUCUGGUGAAGCAUCUUCCUGAGCAGGAGCAGCUCAAUGCCUUGGCGAAAUACAAAAGCGACUAUGCCAACCUUUCAGAACCAGAGCAGUUUGGUGUUGUGAUCAGCAGCGUGAAGAGGCUUCGUCCACGACUCAACUCCAUCCUGUUUAAGCUGCAGUUCGAGGAGCAGGUCAAUAACAUCCGACCUGGCAUCAUGGCUGUAAACGUGGCCUGUGAGGAGAUUCGCAAGAGCAGGAGCUUCAGCAAGGUGCUCGAGCUCGUCCUGCUCAUUGGCAACUACAUGAAUGCCGGCUCUCGCAAUGCGCAGUCCUAUGGCUUCGAACUUGGCUCCCUCUGCAAACUCAAGGACACCAAAUCGGCAGAUCAGACGACCACCCUGCUGCACUUUCUGGCAGAGAUAUGCGAGGAGCAGUUUCCUGAGGUGCUCAGGUUUGUGGAAGACCUCCAGCACGUUGACAAGGCCAGCCGAGUUUCUGCUGAAAACCUGGAGAAGAAUCUAAAGCAGAUGGAGAAGCAGCUCCUGCAACUCGAAAAGGACCUGGAGACGUUCUCAGCCCCCGAUGACUCGAGGGACAUGUUUGUGACAAAGAUGUCCAGCUUUGCCUUGCAUGCCAGGGAGCAAUACCAGAAGUUGGUCAUCAUGCACAACAACAUGGGCACCUUGUAUCAGAACCUGCUUGAGUACUUUGCCAUCGAUCCCAAGAAGACCUCUGUGGAGGAACUCUUUGGUGACAUGAGCAACUUCCGCUCUAUGUUCAUGCAAGCAGUGAAGGAGAACGCAAAGCGGAGGGAGGCCGAGGAGAAGCAGCGGCGCGCCAGGGCAGCCAGGGAGAAGGCCGAGCUGGAGAAGCAGGAGCGGCAGAAGAAGAAGAAGAGGCUUUUGGAUGUGAAUGCAGAAAAUGAUGAGACGGGAGUGAUGGAUAGUCUGCUUGAAGCCCUACAGUCUGGUGCGGCCUUUCGAGACAGGCGGAAGAGAGCACCCAGGCCAAGAGAUACCCAGCAAAGUUUCAGUCCAAGUUCUCAGAGGCCUGUUUUGAAGUCUUGUAACCAUGACAACAUGAAAGCACCUUUGCAAAGGUCACGGUCUCGGCAGAAUAUCAAUUUCAACUCGACAAGAGCACCCAUCGGCAAGGAGCUUAAUUACGAGCCUGAGCCUCAUUCAUCUGCGGCCCGGAGUAAAGCACUCGUGAGGCGGGAGGCCCUGAGCGGAGCUGGAAGGGAGAAGGAAAGGGAUGUGGAGGCACCACCAGCAGUCUGCUCCCCUAACGGUGAAAGUGAUGUUGAAGCCCUGCUGGCCAGGCUCCGGGCUCUGUAGAAUAGCGCACUUCACUGAUCAGACCUCACCCUACCACUGAGCACAUACCUUUGCGGAUUUGUGUACAUGUGGGUUAAUGAGAAAGAGUACCCCUUAUGAAGGAAGUCUGCAAACUCAUGACUGCAAACAGUGGUGCCAGUAUAAGGAGCACCUAUGUUAUUAUGGUACCCAGCUUUUAUAGCCUUCUUUGUCAUAGCACAUAUUUUGCAAUACGUGAAUGAAUGAUUUCCAGAUGAAUGCUGCUAAUAUGGUUAUGGUUGCAGAUUGAAUACCUUACACACACACAUAUACGAUGUGAUAAUAGCAUUGGAAUAUUACUCAGAAUUUAAGUUUUAAAGUUAUAACUACAUUUUUGCUUCCCUUCAAAAGUUGUAAUAUUGCUUUCAAUCUAACUGGGCUUCACAAUGUGAUAUUCCCUAGAUUUUUCCUCCAAGU